AUCGCGUUUGUAAAGAAGCGCUGUGGAAUUGCAUCGAAAAUGAAUGGUUAAAUAGUGAUUUCUAAAAGUAUAUAUGACAAAUGCGAAUCGUUUGAAAUACCGGUGCGAAUGUAAUUUUCUCGAUGAUUUGGAUAUGAUUAUUACACAGAAAUGACACUAAACAUUCAUUCAUGACAUUUUGGUACUGCAUUUUUUUUGCUACUCUUACAUUCGAAAUUAGCCCGCAAAUAUGAGUAAAUCUUUAACAGAAAACAUUCCAAAGAAUGUCUAGAGAACGUAAUGUCUAGAGAAUGUAAAAUGAUCUUUUUUUUUAUACAUACCCAUUAGAAACUACCGAAUGCGUGAUAAGCGUUUCGCUGUGUACGUUGAAAUUGAACGGUGCGUUCAUAACCUCCAAUGGCGAAGAGACCGACGGCAGAAAGCACGCCGUUGUGCGAGAAAACUGUAUGCCCUUCGCCGGAAGAACUCAGUGUGAUAACCAACAAUGUCAGGUGCGAGCAGUGUGGCCUGGUAUUCCGGAACAAGCCGCGCUACCGGUUGCACGAUCUCAAAGUGCAUCAGCGGAGAAACCUGGAUAAAACCGCAAAGGAGAACGUACGCUACCAUUGCCCGGUGCAGUCGUGCGUCUACGCUGUCAAUUCUCAACGAUACUUCAGCACUAUGAAAUACUUGAAACAGCAUUAUUUGAAAGUACAUGCAGAGAAGACUCAUGCAUGUAAUCGCUGCAAUAAGAGCUUCUCCACUGAAGCUGCCAAGGAGGGGCACAUGAGAGUCUGCGGCACAGAAUUCAUGUGUUCCUGUUUAAAGACUUACACCACGUACGAAGCAUUGCUUACGCACGCAAAGCGAUCCUUGCAUGCUAUAACAGAGAAAUACAAGAGUUCUUUAAGACGCACGAAUCCCAAGACUAUGCGAAUUAUCCUACCUACCGGAAUGACGAACAAACUCGUCACGAUACUGCCCAAUCUGGACAAAUCUGGGAAAAACAUUGUUACUACGGCGAAAAAUACAUCGGACAUUGGCGUGCAAACGGAAGAUUACAGAAAAAGCCGAAGGAUAUUCAGCCCGUCCAACAAUAAUCAGUCGCAUUGUAGCGCUAAACGUCGAAUAUCCAAGCAAACGCAGACCAAUGGAGGUUUUCACAGGAGCAGCGGAAAAUCGACAGAAUCGACGCAAACGACGGAGCCGAUCGGGGACAAACGCGCAGCGCGCGGCAACCGUACGCUGCUGUCAUCGAGACAGUCCGAGCAGCAGGCGUUACUGAAGGAAGAUCUCAAUCUCGGCGAUAACUUCGCGUCGGCUAAUCUAUUCCCGGCAAGCCCGCUGCCGCUUCGCCACGACGUUGCCCUGCAGGACUUCUGGGAGGAAAAGAAUACGUCGAGCACGCAGACGAUGCGCACAUCCGAAAAGGACAUGUUCGAGGCGUUCAACGACAAUGUGACGCAAACAGAAUUCGAGACGCUCUACGAGCAUAAUCCUCUCAUACAGUGCGUACCGAAGAGCAGUGUGGCGUUGAUGACGUUGCCCUACGUUGAAUCGUCGGUCGUCGAGAACUACUCCUUCGCUCAUACCGGCAUAACGUCCCAGGUGGAUCCUCUGUUGACUUCUGCCAAGACAUUCGACGAUAGAUUCAGCAGUAUAGAGACCCAGACCGAGCAGGCGUUCUCGCCAUCUUACCUUUAUUCCGAGUCCUUGUCACGAUCCUUCGCUCUGAGCUCCAACAUUGAGACUCAAACCACAGACAAUCUCGACAACAUGGAGCAACUGUUGUACAGUAACACGUGCACGCAGACUUGCAACGAGAUGCUGUCUUCCGACUUGAUGUCCAACAUACAGACGCAGACCGCCUGGUCCCAUGACGACACCACUGUUUCCACUGAGACGCAAACCAAGUCGCUGAUAUGUGAGGCUGGCUGUAACAUUCCCAUGGGCUGCAGAUCCUGGUUGAACACGCAGACCAGUCACACCGAAACGCAAACGGAUUUGUUGAGUAUCUUCGAGGGGCUUCAAUAACGCGAAUUUCCA